AAAGAAUUAUAAACAUUCUUUAUAACGAAAUAAAAACGAACGAUUUAAACUUACUUAAGUUACGGAGUCAACAUAAUGAAAUUCAUCACUAUCUUGGGAUUGAUAGGCAUUUGUGCCUUGGGUGGUAGUAUGGCCAUGGUGCCACCACACAAUGGAGCUGUUGUUGUACCCACACCACCACCACUUCCAACUUUGGCUCAGGAUUUAGAUGAAAUCGUGCGCAUGGUUCCUUUGUUGCCCAUAAGACGUUUGGCUAUUCGCUAUCUUCUUAAUGAUGAACAAUUCCAGGCUUUUGUACGCAUUAUCAACUCCAAUGAUGCCUUCAUUACCCAAAUGCGUUUCCGUGCUCAACCCGAGGUAAUGCGUUUUAUCACCUGGGUGCGUACUCAAAUUUUGCUGUCCGGUGGUGAGAUACAAUUGGAAGAAUCCGAAGAAUUUUUGACCAUUAUUAAUAGCACUCCCUUCUGGUCUAAUACUGUGUUCGGUUGGCAAGGAUUUGUUAAUGAAUUCCUUCUUUACUAUCCCGAGGAUAUGAUUCGUACUCAUGUUCAAAUGAAGGUGGCUCAAAAUGGCAUACUCGCUCAGUUUGUCCAACGUUUGAAGAGCUUGAAAUCUGUUUAUGAUCGUGUUACCGCCUUGCCUGAAGCUCAACGUGUUAUUGCUGCUCUACAGGCUAAUGGUAUUGAUACCAUUGCCUUGGAUACUUUUAUUCGUAAUCAAUUUGGUUGGCAACAUCCUCCAACUGUUGCUCCACCUAGUACCACAGCUGCUCCAGUUGUUAGCAGUUCAUCAACACCCGCCGUUGAAGUGUCAUCGACAACUGCCGUGCCAUCCGUAACAUCGGAAGCUGCUCCAGUAGCUUAAGUUGUUAUUGAAAUGUGUUUUGAAAAAAUUAUUGAUGUAAUGUCAAUGUGAAAAAAACACUUUAUUUAAAAAUAAUAUUGAAAAUUUUAAAUUGAAA